AUGGACGGAAACAUGGAGGUUGUAGAUCUCACGUCUGAUCAACACGACAUGGACCUCACUCGAAGCCCUACCUUUCAGUUGCCCGCCAACAGCUUCACUUCCAACGAACAGGCCGUCGCCAACAGACUCCAGCAGUUCCGUAACCCGGGAUCAGCACCGCAAGAGUUGUGGACCGGUUCCUUGAACAACAACCCAAGCGUGGGUCAGGACUCUCGUAAGCACAAGCAAAUGCGUCAAGAGUCAAUCAAACAAGAGCAUCCGAGCAGCAUCAUGAACAGCAUCGAAGGACGUGAUCAUGGUAACAACCACUUCGACCGCAAUGGACGUGGUCACCGUAGCAACGGCGGCUUUCGAGACCCAACUGCCCUCCCAGACCCUCCAUCAUAUCGCGACUCUCAAAGCUCGUUCCAGCUCGUUAACAUCGACAUCGACACCAUGGACAACGAGCGUGCUCCGGUCCGUCCAGACUAUGGCACUCCAAGUCACCAGAGAAGCAAGCGCCGCGAUAGCCGGUAUGAGGUUGGUGACGAGGACAUGAGCAUGGACGAGACUCCAUCGAAGCGCCAGCGAGUCGAGCGAGGCAACGACUUGGGUGAGCGGCGAUCUUACGAUGAGCGUGGAGGCUAUCGUCGCACGGAGGCCGGCGCAUUCACGACUCUAACGGCGGCUUCUCGCAGCCACAGGUCCUCGUUCCAGAACUCCUCCUCUUCCAGUCACCGUCACCACCAGUCAGGAGGCAUGAUGGGCGCCCAAGCCCGCAGCCAACACCACGGCGCCGCCGCCCGUACCUUCAACUUCAACCCAACACCACUCUCUCGCCACGCAACCCCAUCAACCCACCGCCCUCGCUCUGUCCACCCACAACCACAACCGACAACCACAAUCCCCCAAUCCAUCAUAACGCAAGACGACCUCCACCGCCUCAUCCUCGACCUCCAAACCGCCAUCGCAGCCCACCAAUCCACCACCGCGCAGCUCCACCAGAUCUGCGGCACCUUCAUGACCGAACGCGAGAAAAUCCGCAAGGAACAGAGGGAUCAGAACGAGCAUAUGAAUGCGACGUUGGCGAAGUUUGCGGGGGAUAAUCAGGCGGCUAUUAAGGACCUCCACGAAGCGAACAAAAUCCUCCAAGCUCAAAUCAACGAGCUCAACUUGCGCGACCCCACCCGUCCGCCGACUCGCGGAGGGGCGUAUGGGGGUUCUGCGCUGGGGCAAGCACGUACGGAGUCUGUCUUCAGCAAUCUCGUGCAGCCUCAGACGCAGCCGCAGUCCCAGACGCGAGCUCCGACGGCGCCGAUGAUGAUGACGCCGGGGCCGAAUCGAGGAGGUUCUUGA